AUGAACUUCAUCAUCAAGUCCGCUCUUGUCGCCUCUGCCGCCCUGGCUCUUACUGCCAGCGCUGCCCCGGCUCCUUCUUGCCCGCCAGGCACCGUCCCUGCCUUGAGCAACUACGGCGUCCAAACGACCCCUGACAACGUUUGCGUCGUGCCUGGCACUUGCUACUACGAUCCGAGGGGAAACUGCGCUGGCUUCGACGGCACCUUUGGAUGCGCCGCCGAUGGCUGGUGCUGCCAGGGCACCGAUCUCACCUCCGCGAAGAAUGGCAAUGUUUGCGUCAACCCGACCGUUGGCCAGGCAAACCAAGAGCCUCCCCCUUCCAACGCCGCCAUCAAGGCACGAGACGGUACCGCGUCUUGCCCCCCUGGGACCAUCGCCGCAAAGAGCGACUACGCAGCUCAGACAUCCGCCGAUGACGUCUGUGUUACGCCAAAGACGUGUUAUCCUGCCAGCGGGGCCAACUGUGCUGGUCAAGAUGGCGUCUUCAGCUGCGCAAUCAAUGGGUGGUGCUGCCAGGGAACUGAUCUCACCGCUCCGAAGAACGGCAAUGUCUGUGUUGAUGCUACGGUUGGGCAGGCUAAUCAGCAGCCCAACUCUAUCUGA